UACUCACCCAGCUCUCCCUAUGUUUUGCCCAUCUACGCAACAGUCCAGGAUAGCACUGCUGUUCGACAUUGGCAAGGGUGCAUUUCAGGCUCCGCUCAACAAUCGCACGUUUAGCUUCUGCAAGUUCAUCGGCAAUCCGAACGUCAACCGGCUGGCGCAGAUAUUCCACCGGGAGCUGAAACGGUCCGGUUACAUACCGAACAGGUGUCCGAUUCCGCCGGGCGUGUACUCGUUUCGUGGUGUCCGUGCAAGUGCCAUGCGUUUGCCGCCCUUCUUUCCGGAGGCGGAUUUCAUCCUGGAUUUCACGAUCGGCGUCGGAGACGUGCACACUUACGAUUCCCGAUGGCACGGAUCGGUGAAACGGAUGCAAUGCACCAAAACGAUACGUUGCUAGUAGAACGCUCGAAUUCGAAUAAUGCUCGACGAUUUGUAGCAACGAAAAAGAUCACUAACAUUCGGAAACUUUGCUCUUUAUAUUGCAAAACAUGUGUUUAUGAUAUAAAUAAAUGCGAAUGAAUUUAUUUCGAAUGCCUUUAGCUUGAUCCUACCAUUCGAUUGCUACAACUAACAAUAAUGUAGGCUACUAUGAUACCCUAACAUCAACUGCUGAAGUAUCAACCUACCGACCGUCAAACGUCUAUUAUUGUUUUAACACAUCUGUCAAAAAAGUUUAUUGAUGUCAACCAACAGCUUGAAUUGGAAAAUACAAAAACACAUACAAAAACAUGAACAUAAUACCGCCAAAUUCAACUUGAUACGCUUCAAACCCCCAUCGGUCUGAAUGCAAUUCACUAAUAAUCUCAAUUCACAUUCGCCAACAAUUAUUUCCGCCCCAGCCGUAGGGUUAUAAAACCUAAUGUAACGUUUUGAAAGCCCCAUUGCAGAUCUCUUUUAUUCUCAAUCACUAUCGUGUGUUGUUGUAGUCUGUGCUACAAUUGCUUUACUCUUUCCAACUGCCCGCUGAAUGACUUCAUAUUUUAAGUGGAUUAUUUCCACACUUUUUCUACUGAAUGGAGCCAUAUUCGUAUCGGCACAGACGAGCGGGUUCAUUGUGGUGCCGUUCCUAACGAAAACCAGCGUCAUCGGUGACAUGAAGUACAUGAUCGCUAGCGGCAGCAUUAAUAACUCUGACACGGAGAGUACGUUCACCACCGAGGCUAAGCUAAUGAAGACCAUGUUCGACCCAUGGCUCAGAAUCGCCCUUAUAUUCGAUGUUGGCAAAGGUGCGCUGCAGGCACCGCUUAACAAUCGCACGUUUAGCUUCUGCAAGUUCCUGGGCAACCCAACCAGCCACCGGUUGGCGCAGAUCUUUCACCGCGAAAUGAGACGCACCGGCUACAUACCGAACAAAUGUCCGAUACCGCCCGCCCUGUACGCGUACCCUGGCGUACGGGUGAGUGCGAUGCGUUUGCCAAACUUCUUCCCGGAAGCAGACUUCAUUCUAGACAUUACGAUUGGCGAAGGAAAGGAAAACACGUACGAUUCGCGAUGGUUUGGUUCGCUCAAACGGAUUAAGUGUACCAAAACGGCGCGCUGUUCGUAGGCGGGACGGUUCUGCUGUCGUUGUAUACUGGUGGUACGUCCCGAUACUGAUCAAUGCACUGUUAGACGGGCUCAAAGUAAGGUAUUAAAGUGUGCUUGCAAUGUGUAAAAGUUUGUGAAUUCUUUCACAUCAUAGGAAAGAAAUUGCUUACGCUGAAGUUGUAUUUUGAGUACUUCCAGUGACUAGUCUACUAAGCGUCAAAGUGUACUUUGACAUUAUUCAGCUGUCAGAAUGCUCUUGAUUUUACCUUAGCAUUACACUCAGUUGGAGCACACAUGCCAUCGCAGAUAACUUUCAUACAGAGAGCAAAUCGUUGGCUGUGAAUCAAUAUUAUACACUACACACUCUCUAAAACAUUCUUCUUAUCAAGACGUCAAAGUUUCAUGCGUAACGUAACUUUCAAAUCAAUAACCAAUUCUCAAACCUUCGUUAAUUAUUAUCGCAUAACAACGCUUUGCCCUGAGUUUCUCCAGUGUUUCUAUU